UGCAACGUUAGUGAACAAGCUGAUAUCGAGACGCGUCAGUUCACAGAGGACCUCCGUUCCGUCGGAUGUGAGGAAACUUUUUUGUCCGUAAAUUUGUCAAGUUCUCGCAUCGAGACUUUGUAAUUUCGUGGUUUCCCGAAGGAAUGAUUUUGUAAUCAUGAAAAGUGUAAGACUGUGCGAGGUUGGCUAACAUCGAUAAAAGCGAGAACGAGCCGACGACGAUCUCGACGAGGAUGGCGAACACGAAUAAUUGCCGUUUGUGAGUGUCGGCGCCGAGAGAGAGGAUCGCGGAAGGCCACGUUCGUGUCGGUACGAGAGAAGAGCAGCGAUGUCGGUGAAGCUUCGAACGAGAUCCGCCCAGCCGGCUUCAAGUGUUCAGCUUCGUCCCUCGGGAUCGACCAGCCUGUAAAAAAGUUGGAUGAUCGUUGUUCGACAAAGAGGAUCAAAAAGAAACGGAGGGCCGUGGUACUGCCUUUUCGUAGCGGAGUAGAAAACGCGAAGAGAUAUUUUGGUAAAUAGUAUCUUAGGUAAUUGGUGAAACGGUAUCACGGCGCGAGACUCGACUAGUCGCUAUCGGCGAUAAAACCACGUUAAAUGGUCGCAUUUGGCGCACAAUUUCUACUUUUCUCGCGCGUGCCGUGUACCGUGUUCGUUAUUUGCUCGUGAAAAUCAUCGACGAUUUCCGAGUAAGAAGCUGGAGAAUCGUGAACGUUCUCCGGUCGAAUUUAACCACGAUUAAGCGACUCGUGGUGAAAGUGAAGUGUCUCGGUCUUGGUGACAUGGCCUUCAUGAUGAAGAAGAAGAAGUACAAAUUCUCGGUGGAGGUGAACCUGGAGGAGCUGACCGCGGUGCCAUUCGUGAACGCAGUGCUGUUCGCUAAGCUCAGACUUCUCGACGGUGGAUCUUUCGUCGAUCAUUCGACCAGGGAGGAAGUGCAGGAGCAUACCGUCAGAUGGGACGCUAAAUUCGAGUUUUUAUGCAAAAUGAGUGCCAAUGCGUCCACCGGUGUUCUCGAUCCGUGUAUUUUAAGGAUAUCCGUGAGAAAGGAACUGAAGGGAGGCAGGUCCUUCCAGAAGCUUGGUUUCACCGACCUGAACCUCGCCGAAUUCGCAGGAGCUGGACUCUGCAGAACGAGGUAUCUUCUGGAAGGCUACGACUCGAGACACAGACAGGACAAUUCCAUGUUACGCGUUGCCAUCAAGAUGAACAUGCUGUCCGGAGAUAUUCUGUUCAAAGUGCCGUCUCCGUCGUUGAAGCAAACGCAGCUCGCAGUACCUGGCGUACCAGGUGUUUCCGGUGUGACGACGGACGAAACUGCAUCCGAGAGGUGUACCAAUCGAGAAGAUUACGUGUCCACUGGUUCGUUAGCUGGAAGUAUAGCUAGUGCUAGCAGCGGUUUUGGUAGUCUUCCCAAAAAGAGGCCUGCCCUCUUUUCCUCGGAGCUUCUCAGCGGGGCGGAGUCCUACGAUCCAAUGACCCUGAGCGAGAUCGUACCGUCGGCUCUUCCGGUGGAGACUCUAACCGAAGCGCACACAGAGUCAGGCCAUUCUCGCAAUAGCAGCAACACCAGCCAACUGAGCAAAGGCUCCGGCUAUGGAUCUUUAAAUUCACACAGUCAACACAGUAGGCAGAGCAGUAGUGGUGACAGUGGCCACAUUAGGUCACCCUCCUGGCCGGUAUGGGCUCCACGUAUCCCCAAUGUCUCCCAAAAGUCCUCGAGCCAGCAGCCUGCCAGACCCGAGACCUCUCUCGACUCCGAAUCCCCAUCCUCGUCUUCCUCGACGCUGCUGGACCCACGAAAUAGGUUCUGGUCUACGUCCAGCCCUCUUUCGUCGCGCGAGGGAAAAUCGAUCGCGCGCAAUCCUCUAAGAUCGAGCAUAGCAGCCGUUCCUCUAUCGAACGACCAAAGCGAAACGAAUCGAUGGAAGAACGGCGUCGCUUCGAGCGACAACAGUCGCCUUAACGAAACCGUCGGUAACGACGCUGGCGUGUUCAAAGUGCCUGGACCACAGGACGUUCCGCGGCACUUGCGAAAAAACGUCGAGAGGAAUAGCUUCGACGCGCGAAACGAACGUAACGCGAUGAAUUCGCCGACGGACGAUCGGAACGAUCGAUGGAACAGCGUGAUCGUGCCGACCGCGAAACCGAGAAUCGGUCAUCCAGGUUGGAGAGGUAUCUCGAAAACCUGCGACUGCAUCGAGAAAGGCAAGAUCAGCCCGGUUUUGCGGUUAGCUGACCAGGCCAGAGCCGUAUCCUCUCCCGAUCCCCUUCAUAGGCCCGAUAACCCCAGAGCCUCGCUACGUUCCGCGACGACCGCUCAGACCCUCAGGGGUAUUGGCGGAAGUCACCGGAAGUUGCUGGACGGGGCGGGGGGCAAGCUGGCUACGGUCGCCACCAGCCCAGCGGACUCCGAAGAGUCCUCCUUAGGGGUACCGGAAGUCGCUCCACCGAGCUCCCAGCACCGAAACAGCAUAACCCCACCAAAUCCUUCCGGUGGUUCCGGUCUCAGCGAAACGGGAUCUCUGGACCGAGCAAAGGCGGCGUUGGAGCGUAGGAAAAAAGCGGAAGACGGCGCGGGAAAUCCCAUCCUGUGCAGGGUCGAAGUGACCAGGCCAAACCCGGAUUCCCUGAUCGACGAACUGAUCAAGGCAACGAACUUGGAGCAGACGGAUCUCGAGAGUUCCGAGACAACCGGACUCCAGCUAUUCAUAGCGAAAGACGGGACGACCGCGCUCGGUAGCCACGAGAUCAAAAGUCAGAUGCCCGCGGGUGUGUUCAAGCAGGUGGUGAUGGAAGAGAAUAAUAGGUAACACGAAGCUAUGGCGGCGAGAAGACAGUACGCGAGACAGGCCAGCGCUACGUUUUCGCUGGCCCUGGUGCCAGAGCUCGUCUACGAGGCCUACGAGCCCCGGUAGUUGCGAGGACAACGAAGCUGGACGAGGGAAUCGUCGAGAGGACGGUGAACGCGGCGACGAUGGACUAACGCCGGUGCACCUGCAUCUCCUAUCUAAAUUAUUCGUUUCGGUCGCCUAUCCGCCCUAUCGGCGUUCGGCGCUUUACGCUUCUCGUACGUCGUACCGGUAACCAGAUCGAUCGUCCUUUGCGCUCAAACCUUGCUAAAUCUUUCUUUUUAUAUGUCGAAUCUAAAUUUAUGCGACUAAUUUCGCGGUCCGUGGUAAUCGAAACGGGACGAAACGCUUCGAGUCGUACAGGACGCUUGGUCGAUGAAAACCGGCCGGCACGGGUGCACGCAACUCGUCGACCACGCGACGCGUAUUCUCUUCCGCCAAGUCGAAGCACAAUACAAAAUGAUUCCUCUUUUUCCUUUCUUCUUUUCCUUUCUUUUAUUUUUCAAUUUUCUUCUCGUCGACCGUGCUUCGAGAGGAAAUCGGAAAGCGUUGUUCUCGUAAUUGAACGAAGACAGAGA